AUGGCUGCAACUUCUGCCCUCGUGCUGCUUUUUCUCAGUCAACUUGUAGCUACCUCCUUAGCUCAGAGAAACCCCCGAGAGCAGAGCCCCAGCUCUCUGGGCAAGGCUUACAAUGAGAUCUUUGUUCCCAGAACUGCUCCUCUGGACCAGGUUCCCCAUGGAGCCCAUGCCACAAAAGUGGGACCCCGAGGCCCUGCUGGACCUCAAGGACCUCCUGGGCCUCCUGGAAAAGAUGGCAUAGAUGGUGAAGCUGGUCCUCCAGGUCUUCCUGGCCCCCCGGGCCCCAAAGGAGCCCCAGGGAAACCAGGAAAGCCUGGAGAAGCUGGACUGCCUGGGCUUCCAGGUGUAGAUGGUCUGACAGGUCAGGAUGGGCCCCCUGGUCCCAAAGGCUCACCUGGAGAACGGGGUAGCCUUGGACCCCCAGGACCUCCUGGGCUUGGGGGCAAAGGACUUCCUGGACCUCCAGGUGAGGCUGGACUGAGUGGCCUCCCAGGAGGAAAUGGAGUCCGUGGACCCCCUGGACCAUCUGGACUCCCAGGGCUACCUGGUCCCCCAGGCCCCCCAGGACCUCCUGGACAUCCAGGGGUUCUUCCUGAUGGUGCUGGUGACCUCCAGUGUCCAGCUAUCUGCCCACCUGGACCACCUGGGCCCCCAGGAAUGCCAGGAUUCAAGGGACCCACUGGUUACAAAGGGGAGCAAGGAGAAGUUGGGAAAGAUGGAGAGAAGGGUGAUCCUGGUCCUCCAGGGCCUGCUGGUAUCGCUGGAACCAUUGGUCUACAGGGCCCUAGGGGCUUAAGGGGACUGACUGGUGCACUGGGGCCACCUGGAGAUCGUGGACCAAUUGGCUUCCGAGGGCCCCCAGGAGUUCCAGGACCGCCUGGGAAAGUUGGAGAUCGAGGAGAGAGGGGACCAGAAGGAUUCCGUGGGCCCAAGGGUGACCUCGGCAGGCCUGGUCCCAAAGGAUUACCUGGAGUAGCUGGGCCUAUUGGAGAACCUGGUAUGCCUGGAAAAGAUGGCAGAGAUGGGAUCCCUGGAUAUGAUGGUGAAAAGGGUGAGGCAGCUCGAUUUGGUGUUCCUGGGGAGAAGGGUCCCAAUGGACUCCCUGGGCUGCCUGGACGAGCGGGGGCCAAAGGCGAAAAGGGGGAGCCGGGCAAACAAGGGGAGCUAGGUGAAGCUGGCCCUUCAGGAGAGCCUGGUAUGCCUGGAGAUGUUGGAGUUCCUGGAGAGAGAGGAGAAGCUGGACAUAGGGGAUCAUCAGGGGCGCUUGGUCUGCAGGGCCCACCAGGACCCCCUGGAGUCAGAGGCUUUCAGGGUCGGAAGGGCAGCAUUGGAGAUCCUGGCUUACCUGGCCCUCAGGGCCUUAGAGGUGGUAUUGGAGACAGGGGUCCAGGAGGAGCUGUGGGUCCCAAAGGAAACCAGGGUAUUGCUGGAGCCGAUGGUCUUCCUGGGGACAAAGGAGAACUGGGUCCUAAUGGUCCUGUUGGACAGAAAGGAGAGUCAGGCAGUAGAGGUGAGCUGGGCCCUAAAGGUAUUCAGGGUCCUAAUGGUACCACUGGUGUCCAAGGGCUCCCAGGCCAUCCUGGUCCAGCGGGCUUCCAGGGAGUUCAAGGUGUCCCUGGAAUCACUGGCAAACCUGGGGUUCCUGGUAAAGAAGCCAGUGAACAACAUAUAAGGGAACUGUGUGGAGGAAUGAUUAAUGAACAAAUUGCACAGUUAGCUGCUAACUUAAGGAAACCUCUAACUCCUGGAUCAAUUGGUCGACCUGGUCCAGCUGGUCCCCCAGGCCCUCCAGGUCCAGCAGGAUCUAUUGGCCAUCCUGGUGCUCGUGGGCCACCUGGAUAUCGAGGUCCAACUGGAGAGCUAGGAGAUCCAGGUCCCAGGGGUGAUCAGGGUGACAGAGGAGACAAAGGAACUAUUGGUGUAGGCAUUGACGGGCCUGAUGGAGAUCAAGGACCUCAAGGACCUCAAGGCGUUCCUGGAACUAGUAAAGAUGGUCGAGAUGGUGCCCAUGGUGAACCUGGGUUUCCAGGUGACCCUGGCAUUCCUGGUGCAAUUGGUGCUCAGGGAACUCCAGGGAUUUGUGAUACCUCAGCCUGUCAAGGAGCAGUUAUAGGAGGAGGAGGGGAAAAAUCUGGCCCAAGAAGCUCAUAA